GCGCUCUCGGAGUGGACAGCUAAUACUAGCUAAAACUAGUAACCAGCUAAAACUGGGCUUAUACUGGACAUGGUUAAACUCUAUAUUUUCUCAGUAUCACUGCCCAAAAGUUCAUUCUCAAACGCCAGGCUAGAAGUUACCAACAGGCUCCACGGAAGUCCAAAAUACUUGACCAGGAAGACGAGGGUGCAUACUCGGUGUCUGCCUGUUUUUCGGACCCCAACAACACAGACAUGUCUUGUUUAACGUCGCUCAUUUGUCCAGGUACGAAGCUCACACAUUCCGCAUCUUAAAUGGCGCCAUUGGCGGAUCUGUGUAGGUGACGUCAUCGCAAUCGCCAUUUUUUUUCAAUUCUCGAAGGACACGGUUUGGACUCUGCACGUUGAAUAUUUACUUUUGAUAUAUAAAAUCAAUAAAUUUUUAAAGAUGGUGGUUGGAGCAAAACCAUGAAUGUAUUUUGUGAUUUAAUUCUGGUUUGCGGUGUUUGGCAGCGGUGGGCGGGGCCUAGAUUUCCGAAGAAGACUGGAGACCUUACUGGUGGCACACGCCAGUGCGCUGUUCUCUGAUUGGUUGUUUCGAAGGCCUGAUACCAGAGCAGCGCUCUCCGAGUGGACAGCUAAUACUAGCUAAAACUAGUAACCAGCUAAAACUGGGCUUAUACUGGACAUGGUUAAACUCUAUAUUUUCUCAGUAUCACUGCCCAAAAGUUCAUUCUCAAACGUCAGGCUAGAAGUUACCAACAGGUAGCCAGCUUUAUUCAUUAUUCUUCGCAUACGUGAGAUAUUUAGCCGGGCCCUGUCUUGCGUUUGCGGUGUGUCAAACCGUUUAGCUAACCAGAGCUAGCUAACAGGUAGCUUACCUUUGCAGCAUGAUUUGUAUCUUCCAAAGGCUCCACGGAAGUCCAAAAUACUUGACCAGGAAGACGAGGGUGCAUACUCGGUGUCUGCCUGUUUUUCGGACCCCAACAACACAGACAUGUCUUGUUUAACGUCGCUCAUUUGUCCAGGUGUGUACUGUACAAAACCAUGAGAUUAGGUCUUGGGUGCAUUCCUUGCAUGCUCAGAUUGAGCUGAGCUCAAGAGGGGGAUGGAGGGAGGAUGGAGGGGAGCAGGAGGGCAGCGGAGGGAGGAGUUAGACGCAGAAGCAAGCACGUGUCCAGGUGUCAGAAAAUCAAGUUUUUCCUCAAGCAGUGAAGACACAAGGUCUGCCGCCAGCCCUCAAACGAUGUGGUGGAUUCUUGGCUACUGCAGCGGUGGAGCGGUCCUCCUCUAUGCUAUGUACAGAUGGUUGAUCCCUGGUCUGGUACAGUAUCAUGGAGGCCUGGCGCUCAUGUGGCACGAUGUCAUUGUGGAGUGGAUACUGGACACGCUGACCCAGUCCACGCGUCCUCAGCGGCUCCUAGCUGCAGUACAGAGGAAGGCCAGCAGAGGGAACCCUCUUAGCGUGGUCAAAGCCAUCGACGAGUUCUGCAGCCACAAUGAGUGGGCAAUGAACGUGGGGGAUGAGAAAGGCUGCAUUCUUGACUCCGUGGUGUCAGAGGUGAAGCCCGUCCACGUCCUGGAGCUGGGCACCUACUGUGGAUACUCCACAGUGAGGAUAGCCAGCAUGCUGCAGCCCCACGCCAAGCUCAUCACGCUUGAAUUUAACCGGGAUUACGCUGCCGUCGCUCGGCAGGUGAUUGCAUGGGCAGGCGUGGAGAACAAGGUGCAGUUAGUCGUAGGAGAAUCUGGCGAGUGGAUCCCCAAACUUAAGGCGCAGUUUGGGGUGAAAACCUUCGACUUGGUCUUCUUGGAUCACUGGAAGAAUCGAUACCUUCUAGAUACCAAACUGAUAGAGGAGUGUGGCCUCCUGAGGAGAGGAAGCGUCCUGCUCGCUGAUAAUGUCAUCUGUCCUGGUACUCCAGACUACCUGCAGUAUGUUCGAAGUAGUCCAAAGUAUGAAAGCCAGUACUUCAAAUCUCACCUGGAGUACACCAAAGCCGAGGACGGCCUGGAGAAGUCGGUAUUCUUAGGGUAGUUUUUGAGUAAUUCUCAGUGUAAAUGUACAUUUAUACACAUUCUUUGUCUUAGAGUGACUGGCCAGGGAAGAGUUAAGCAGCUUUUCUAAUAAUAACACUGAAGCAAACAAUAAAGAGAAACUA